AUGUGGGAGGAUGACAUUGAUGAUGAUGAGCUGUUGCAAGCUGCUCUCGAGGCAGAGGAGGCCGCAUCUAGACAGGUGGGCCCACCGGAUGCUGCAGCCUUUGGUGCUGAGCCUGCUAAGCGCUCUCGGCUUAAUGGUGACCGCCCACAGUCACCGGCGGAAGCAGCGAGGGCGCCGGACGUUGGGCUUACCGGGCGUACCUCAAAUCCCAGAGUUACUGACGUUCCGCCGGUCGAUGCGCUCGCAAUGCGGCUGCAUAAUCUCGCGCUGAGGACAGGCUCCGGUAGCAUUUCCACCCCGGGGAUGGUCAGUGGCCAGCCAUGUCCAGUCGUUCAGCACAACGCCAGGUACAAGUUGAACUUGGGAGGAGUUGAGGUCCUCUUCCCUUUUGAGAAGGGACCGCUGGAACCACAACAUGCAGUUAUAAGAAACGUGUUGGAAGCUUUGGUUCUUGGAAAGCAUGCGGUGCUCGAAAGUCCAACUGGUACAGGGAAGACAGCAGCUGUACUCUGUGCCUGCAUAGCCUGGCAACGGCACCGUAUGAUGAAGACCGGCUGUGCACCACAAUUGAUGUAUGCCACUCGCACACAUGCGCAAGUUCGACAAGCAGUUCGUGAACUGAAAAGAACGCCAUACAGGCCGAUCAUGGCCGUUCUUGGCUCAAGGGAGGCUGGCUUGUGCAUCAACGAUGAGGUGCUACAAUCUGCUGAAGAUGACGGGCAACUUCGGCAGGCAUGUCGCCAUGUGCGUAAGCAGAAGACUUGCAGCUUUCACGAGCGCUUGGCCUUGCCCGAGGUGCCAGAAUCGGCGCAGGCUCGUCUUCGGGGCCCUGAGCCGUGGGACAUUGAGGACAUGGCAAGCUUUGGGCAUUCGACCGGCUCUUGUCCGUACUAUGUCGCGCACUCUCUCGCGAAGCAUGCUCAACUUGUAUUCUGCCCCUACAGCUACGUUUUGGAUCCAUCCGUGCGCCAAGCGGCCGGAUUGAGCUGUGCAGACCUGAGUGGGCGUAUCAUCAUCUUGGAUGAAGCCCACAACGUCGAAGGUGUUUGUCGCGACGCAGGGUCGGCCGAGAUUACUUUGGAUCAAGCAAGGCACGCCCUUUCAGUGAUCAAGCGGUUGCUGGGUGAAGAUCACGGUGGGCAUGCCGGGCAUGUGGUGGCAAAUGAACAAGCUCAGCGGCUUGCUGUGCCUGCAGCGCCAGCCUCAGACGAGCUGGGUGGUUUCAUGCUUCCCGCCACUGUCUCAGCGGCGACCAGCCAGCGGCCAUCAGGUCCACAUGCACCGGACAUGAAACGGAAAGCUUCAGGGAUGACUGCCGCUCUUCGACCUAUUUCUUCGCUACUAGGCCGCAUAUGCAAUUUCUUAUCUGACUUGAAUGAACCAGUUAUAUAUGCCCCGCACCUUCCAGAGCACCGCCAAGUGUCAGCCUUCCUGCGCUUGCUCAAGCUCGACUCUGAUCUGCUGUUGCGCCCGGAUGCUGCUGCUUCUGCUGCUGCUUCUGCUGCUGCUUCUGCUGGCCGUGGUACUGUGCAUUCUGGGCCUCGUGGAGAAGCCCUGCUGCGAGAGCUGGCUGGGGGAAGUGGAACCUUUUCUGCACAACUGGAGCUUGUUGCUUCGCUGGUCCACCAGCUCGCUGAAUCAGUGCGCAGUCCCGAUCUCUACGUGGUCCACGCGCGACCCGAGGGGCACGGAGGGCGCUGUCAGCGGGCAGCUCUGCAAACUUGGCUAAUGAGUGCAGAAGGGACUUUUGCAAGCCUUGUUUCGGAACUCCACAGCAUUUUGCUUAUGUCGGGGACUCUCUCCCCACUGCCGGCAACCAUUUCCGAACUUGGCCCGACAUUCAAUUCCCGUGCCCUUCCUGCUUUAACAGCCGGUCACGUCGUGGGACGCGGUGCUUUGACAGUGGUGAGCGUGUCACAAUCACAGAGCUUGGAUUCAAAGCUGGAAUGCACUUUCCAGGCAUGGAAGAGAAUACCUUUCUUGCAUUCCGUAGGUGCUGCCUUGGUCACUAUCUGUGGAGCCAUCCCUGCCGGGAUCCUGGUCUUCCUCCCUUCCUACGACCUCCUGGACCGGUGCCUGGCGGCCUGGGGAAGUGAACAAAGUGAACAAAGUGAACGGUCUGAACGGUCUGAACGAGGCGGAGGAAGCGCGAAGGCGAAGAUCGCCCCGAAGAAGCGGCGGCAUCGUGCCGUGGAACGGGUCUCCCAGGAAGCGCCCAAAACUGGUGAGAGCAUCCUGGAUCAGCUGAAGAAUGCAAAAGGAACCGUUGUGGUGGAACCGCCACCUCGCCAAUCCACGCAAUCCACAGCCUCCGCAGCUCGCAUCUAUGAAGCGGCCAAGCAGCGGUAUGAACUUGCAAUCUCUCAGACUGGACAGGCUGUUCUGCUGGCAGUUUACCGCGGAAGGAUGAGUGAAGGAGUUUCUUUUGAUGAUGACUUCGCACGUGGGGUGGUGUGCAUCGGCAUCCCGUUCCCGAAUCUGACCGAAGAGCGGAUUGCACAGAAGCGAGCGUUCAAUGACUUCUGGGUUUCGCGAUCCAAUGGUGCCGUGUCUGGAGAUGCGUGGUAUGAGUCCAAAGCAUUCCACGCCGUCGCACAGGCUCUGGGCCGUUGCAUUCGUCAUCCGCUAGACUUUGGCGCCCUCGUGCUGUUAGACAGUCGCUGGGCAGAACUGGGGAAGGCCAGCCUUCUACCACAAUGGCUGCAUCCUUUCAUGGUGGACAAGGUGGAUGCAAACGCAGCCGCUGCAUGCCUACGGGAGCACUUCGCCCAUUUGCGCCCCAAUUUGGCCAACUCUCCUAUGUCUUCCCCUGCGCAUCCCACACACCCCACACACCCCACACAUCCCGCACAUCCCGCACAUCCCACACAUCCCACAUAUCCCACACAUCCCACAUAUCCCACGCAUCCCACACUCACGCAAGCCUUGCGGGAGAGAGAGCUCUCUGUCAAGGUCGAGGUGAAAGGUGAGGCAAAAGAUGAAGUCGAGGACAAGGUGAAGGAUGAGAUGAAGGAUGAGAUGAAGGACGAGGCGAAGGAUGAGGUGAAGGACGAGGUCAAAGGAAGCUUGGGUGAGUUCACGCAUGUGGCUGAGCUGAACUGGCUGGACACGGCACCACAGGAGCCGCAGGAGCAGCAUGCCCUGGCGAGAAGCGAACCCCGGCAAACAGCCUUCAAAGUCCCUCUUGGCGCCAGAGUCGCAGCGACUGAAUGCCUUGAUUUAGACAGCGAAUGA